AUGCUUUAUCUUGAUGAUAAAGAUGAAUCAAUUCGUUUACGUGCACUUGAUCUUCUUCCUGGAAUGAUAACAAGAAAAACUCUAAUGGAUAUCGUACAUAAAUUAAUGGUUCAUAUGGAUAAAUCUGAAGGAUCACAUUAUCGAGAUGAAUUACUGUCAAAAAUGAUUGAAAUAUGUAGUCAAAAUGAUUAUCAACAUAGAACUAAUUUUGAAUGGUAUUUUAGUAUAUUAGUUGAAUUAACUCGUCUUGAAGGAACAAAACAUGGUAAUCUCAUAUCUUUACAAAUGCUUGAUGUUGCUGUUUGUGUUGAAUCUAUUCGUUCAUUUGCUGGUAACCAAAUGGCAGCUCAUCUUGUAAAUGCUCAUGUUUUUAUUCAUGGUUCAAAUUCUACAACUGUCGCUGAAGUUUUAUAUGCUGCUACAUGGAUUUAUGGUGAAUUUUGUUCGGUUAAUCAUUUAAAAGAACCACAAAAAACUCUUGAAUCAAUGCUUAAUACAAAAGUUACUCUUUUUCCUGGACAUAUUCAAUCUAAUAAUGAUGAAAUAUUCACUCAACAACUUCUUUCAUUAACUAUUGAUAAAAUGUCUUUAUUUUUAUCAAGUGGUGAUGUUGAAGCACAAGAACGAGUAAGUGUUAUUUUACAUAUUCUUAAAACAACAUUAAAAUUAAUUGAAAAAUCUGGUUUUAAUAUUAAUGAACCAUCAGCAUUAUUUGAUAGUGUUCUUAAUCCAGUUGCUGCUAAAGCUCAAAGAAAAGUUAUUGUACCAAAUGGUUUGAAUUUGGAUGCUUGGAUAAAUGAUUCUCCAUCAGAUAGUGAAGAUGAAUCAGUAACAACAAGUUCACAUUAUGAUAAUAAAGAUUUAUUUUAUGGUGAUAAUGGAGAAAAGUAG